AUGGAUGCCACCUCGAUCUAUCAGACGGUGAACACCAAGUAUUCCGAGUUCGCCUCUCGUUCGAACGAGGGUGAAGCUCAAGCAUCCACACGCACUCGCAUCGCCGCAUCCUUUGGCUAUUCGGCCGAUGAUCUGGCCUCUCUCCCCACGGGCACGAACCUUGGCCUCUCGUGCGGAAAUCCACUGGCGACAGCGAACCUUCAGCCUGCGGAGAGUAUGGUCGACCUCGGGUCUGGCGGUGGUCUUGACUGCCUGAUCGCGGCGAAGCAAAUGUUGAGAGGAACUCCCUCCCCGAGCGGAAAGGUAUACGGGAUCGACCGAAGCGAAGCGAUGAUCGCGUUGGCUAGGAAGAACGCCGCACAGGCCAACCUGCCGAACGGCUUGGUGGAAUUUAUCCAAGCACCGAUCUCGAACAUUCCCCUCCGAAGUUCGACGAUCGAUCUGGUGGUCAGCAACUGUGUCAUUAACCUAGUUCCCGACGAGGAUAAGCCCUCCGUUUUCAGGGAAAUCCACAGACUCUUAAAGGCUGGCGGCAGAGUCGCAAUCAGUGACCUUCUCGCCAAGAAGGCCAUGCCAGACCAUAUACGACAUGAUGCAGCACUGCUGGUGGGCUGCGUGGCGGGCGCCAGUCUGGUGGACGAAUAUCGACGGUGGAUGGUGGAAGCCGGGUUUCCAAAGGAGAGUAUUACCUUCAUCAACACCAAGAAGGACUUGAACGUCUACCAUGAUGUGGAUGGCAUUGCACCUCGUUGUAUGGAGGACACCGAGUCGAAGAGUUGUUGUGACGAAAGCGCAGAGAGCCCUGGUUGCAUUCAGAAGAACGGUGGUGAGCCCGGCAAGAAGUUGGACUUCAACGAAUGGGUGGCAUCAUAUCAAAUCUAUGCCAUCAAAUGA